GAAUUCCCCCCUCCAACAUCCGCUUGUAUCCCAUAUCCACCAUGACUGUGCUACCCUCGUAUACCGCCGAUGUGGCGCCUCCGUCGUAUGACGAGGUUGCUCACAAGCUCGAGAAUCUGGUUGGCGGUAACCCUACCCCGGACAAGGUUCUUGACGCGGCCGAGCAGCUCUCCGAAGAGGAGAUCAAUGUGCUUGUCAACGGGGUGGAUUCCCACUGGCCCCUGGAGACCGAAAAGCAGAAGGAAGAAUUCACCAUCGGGACGGGUCAGACUCUGUCCUCUGCCGAGGGGAAGGACCAACUUCAGGCGACUGCCAUCACGGUCACUCAGGCCACCAGGGAAAUCGACAGGAUCUUUUUCGCCUUGGAGGUGAAGCUGGCUCAGAUUGAUGGGAUUCACAAGUCCAACUUUCACCCGGAAAUCACCCGACUGAAAGAGACAUACCAACAAAUUCUCGCCGAUAGCCGGGACCUCGCAGCCGGAAUCCGUGUGCGGUUAGAAGUCUUUGACAGCGUCAUCAUCCGACUCUGCGCGGAGCCCUCUAUCUCCGUGGAUAUCCGAACACGGGAGCUGAACAACUUCCUCGAGACCUCCGCAAGCUCCGAACGAGAUGUCAUCGCCAUCGAAGGCCGCUUCAACGACCUCUCCACCUCCUUCGCCAAGUUUGUCGGCACGUUCUCCGACUGGGCGAAGGACAGGGAAGGCCAGAUAACCGAGCAGAUCCGAGUCGUGCAGCACGAGCUCGACGAGCUGAACAAAACCCUGUCCGCGUUGAAUGCGUCCAUGACCGCCUUCAAGGCUGUCUGUGGAGCGACGUGGCCUUUUACCAAAGCCCUGGCGAAGUUGAUGCCGAAGUUCGCGCCGUUUAUCAUGAUCGGAGGGCUCAUCACCGCGGGUGUCUCUGUGGCAGCGAUUGCCGGCCUGGCUAUUGCCAUCAGUAUCACCGAACAGAGAAUCAUCACCAAGACCAGAGAAAAGACAAACCUACAAGAACAACUCGAACAGAUCCGACAGACGCGCUCCGAGCUGGAAGACUUCGGGAACGCCUCUCUGGUGGAUUUCGCGGAUGCCAUCAGCAUUCUCGCUGGAUCAUGGGAAAGCACGGCUGAAGAUGCGCAGAGAAUCAAAGUCUGGCUGGGAGAGGGGGCGGUUGAGGGGAAACAACCGGAGUAUAUGAGGCUUAACACGAGGUAUAAUGUGAGGAAGUAUGAUGCUAUUUCUGCGUACCUGCAGUACUACGCGAGGGGGAUUGUCUCCUAA